AUGUAUUCGGCAUUAAUAGGUGCUCAUACGGCCAUGGAUCGUAUUCAACUCAAUGUUCAGCAAGUUCCUGGUCAUGUCAAAACAGCUCUCAAAUUGGUGAUUGCUGGUUCACCAUUGCUUAUCCAAGUCAUGCUACCGAAAACACUAGAAACCAUCGGUCGGAUCGCUACAGAGAGUGCUGGACAUGCUCAAACAACUUUCAAUAAAUUCGUUGCUUUGCAAGAUCUUGUUGCCGAAAUCAUCGAAGCGAAUGUAAACACACACUCAACUCAGUCGGAUGUUGUCGCGCAAAUCCAAGCACAAAUCAAUGCAGCUAAACAAGAACAGCUUCAAUUCAAUGCUAAUAUUAAUAGCAUCACUGCUCAGUAUGAAGAUGCUCGAAAAGAGGUGGAAAAAGCUCGAAAAGAAUAUCAGGAAGCCUACAAUGCCAUUCCAACGUUUCGUGGUUGGUUCAAGAGCAUUUUCCGUAAAAUUAUCAAUGUUGUAGUAAAAAUUAUCACUGCUCCACUGCGUAUCCUUGGUUGUAUCCUAGGUAAGUGCUACACAAAUCAGAAUGCAUUGAAUGAAGCUGCAGAGACAGCCAAACAAAACGCCAAAGCAAAGGCUGCAGAACUCUUAAAAGUUUUGCAAGAAGCAGAAAGACGUCAGCAAGAAUUUGCUCAGCAACAACUUGCCGAGCAACAAAAAUUGGUGACCAUCAUAAAUCGGAUUGCCGCAUUGGAUUUAGAUCGAUUGACUGAACAAGAAAUUGUCGAUAUACUCAUUGAAUCAAUCUUACAAAUGAAUCAAAUUAAGGAACAAUGGGGUCGUCUUAUUCAAUUCUUCUCGAAAUUAUCCGUUCAAGCUGAUAGUACACAACAGGCGCGUAAAAUCGUCAUUCACGAGUUUAUUGCUGCUAUUAAAGAAGCUCAAGCUAAUAAUUUACUUCUUGAUCCAAGCGAUCGAGAAUUGUUUCUAGAAUUAAUUACCAUAACUAGCCAAGAGAUCGAACGAGGUGCCCAUCUUCUCUAUGUUAUGUCUAAAACAUAUUUUGAUGUUUCAUCUGAAUAUAUGAUCGAUCAAAUAAUUGCGUCUGGUAAUUUACUUCUACUGCAAACCGACACAGAACGAUCGAAUUAUCUUCGUUCACUCUCUCAAAAUACUACAUCUACAACGACACGAGUAAAGAACCUAGCCCAUGAGCGACAUCAGGAAUAUAUCGCACGAAACCAGGCUCGUCGUACUGAAUACGAACGAUUUUUGGCUAAAUUGGCAUUAGAAGAUUUGGAAUCAAACGUUGGUUGA